UAAGCAAUAAACCACACCCCUUGGCCACACCUACGUGCAACAUGGAAGGGCAUGGGGUUCAGACAGAUCUUCAAGCAAAAGACAGUUUUGAUGGUAAAUACAUACCAGGAACAGCCAGCCUUAUAGCAGAAGUCGACAAGCGUAUAUUGGUUGUGUUAAGAGGAGGGAGGACAUUGAUAGGAUACCUCAGGAGUAUUGAUCAAUUUGCGAAUCUGUUGUUGCAAGACACUGUUGAACGCAUUCAUGUCGGAAAGAAAUAUGGAGAUAUACCUAGAGGAAUAUUUCUAGUCAGAGGAGAAAACAUGGUCCUCUGCGGAGAAAUAGAGAAAUCACUUGAAGAAAGCAUGGAACUGGAGAAGGUCUCGAUCGAGGAGAUUAUUGAGGCACAGAGACAAGAAAACGAGAAGAGAGAGAAAGAGAACAAGAGAAAAGAGGAGCUAUUACGACAGAAAGGACUUCCCGUCGUGAGAGACGAAUCUGAAGAUAUUCUGUCAUGAAUUUAUAAAUAAGUGUAGCAGGCACACACCCACUCAUUAUGAUUAUUACUUCCAAUAUGUGUGACAUUCAAAAUAAUACAUAUUGACACUAAUAUUCCAAUAACAUUUUGAGGAUGAAUAUUU